AUAUGCAAAGUAGCUAAGCAUAUUUAACCCUGAAAUUGUCUCAGUAGCCACAUUUACAAACAAAUAGUGGCUUAAAUGAGGCCCCAAUCAAUGUAAGUUGAUGUUUAACUGUUUGCUGAGCAGGCGCCAAUCUUUACUCUCAGGAAUUCUGCCAUCCACAGUCACUUAGUCGCUCCUUUUUUGGACUGGACAGCAAGUUAUUUUUUCUAAUUUAAAUUUAAGUUCCAUUCUAAGGGCAUGGACCUUCGUCUGACACUCCUGUUGAUCUGUCUCUGCAGCCAAGGAGUCACUAAUGCUGAGGUGGCAGAAAAUGACUCAAUCCCUUUGGUGCCACUCAUUCCUUUGAUGCCCAGCCACCCCAGAGAGAAAGUAGAAAAUGAAAGUGCAGUACCACCAGGAACUACAAAUACCCCAGAAGCACCUCUAAUCAAUGGGAACUCAUCAGAGGAAAAACAAUAUGAAGUUUGUCUGUCUGUAAAGGGCAGGGAGGCCAUCGCUGCGGCCAUUCAGAAACUCGGUGUGCAGCUUCUGCAGAACCUGGAGACAACGCCAGAGCAGCCAAAUGUCAUCAUAUCUCCUUUGAGCAUAUCAUUAGCACUCUCCCAACUGGCUUUAGGUGCAGUAAAUGAGACAGAAAAGCUGCUGAUGUAUCAUCUCUACGAAAACACUCUCUCCUGCUAUCACGAGUCUCUGCAUAGUAUCUUAGGGAAGCUCAGAAACAGCGACCUGCAAAUUGCCACACGUAUUUUCCUGCACCAAGGGUUUGAGCCAAAGCAAGACUUUGUCCGUGAAUCCCAGCGGUUAUAUGACUCAGUACCAGCAGUCUUGGAGAGCCUGCAGCAGAUAAAUGACUGGGUAGAAAAUGCAACAAAAGGAAAGAUGACUGGCUUCUUGUCUUCUUUACCCCCCAAUCUGCUCCUCAUGCUCAUUAAUGCUGUUCAUUUCAAAGGAGAGUGGAAAGCUCGAUUUGACCCGCGCUUUUCCUCUCGUGGUGUGUUCUAUCUUGACGACAAGCACAUGGUUGACGUUGAAGUGAUGGAAGAUGCCAAACAUCCCCUGAGUUUAAUAACUGAUAAUGAACUGGAGGCUCAGGUAGCAAGAUUUCCAUUCCAGAAGUCCAAGAGCUUGUUGGUGGUUAUGCCUCAGUCCGGCCAGGUGAAUGUGUCUUCACUUUCCGCAAAGCUGAAUAUCUCCGACUUGUAUCACCGUCUGCCCAAGGAGAGGGCUGUUCAAGUUAAAGUCCCCAAGUUUAAACUGGAGUAUGCUCAAGACCUACAGGAGGUUUUUACCAAAUUGGGCCUCGGAGGGAUGUUUUCCAGUCCCAACUUGGCUGGGAUUGCAGACGGCCCCCUGCUGGUCUCCAGUGUGAUGCAUAAGUCCUGCAUGGAGAUAAAUGAGGAGGGUGCAGAGGCUGCUGCAGCCACCACUGUGGUCAUCUCACGGGCAUCCAACCCUGUUUUCCACCUCAGCCAACCUUUCUUGUUUGCCCUUAUGGAUGAUAUGACUCAAGUGCCAAUUUUCAUGGGUGUCAUUAACAACCCAAAUCCUGGAGCUCCUAUCUUGCAGAGAGGAGAAUUCGGGAGCAAAGAUAAAGUGGUAUUCCCAAUUGAUAAGAAUCAUGUUGGCCCACCUAAGUAGGGACUAAUACCUGCACUGCUGUCCCAGGGAAAACCCAGACCAAGAUCUCUAUGACUGUACAUAUUAAAUGUACAAUAUCACAGAGCUGGAUCAAAAUGUGUGUGUGAAAACAGAUGCUUCAUAUAUGUCUUUGUUUUAUUGUAAAAUGAACACACUGAGGAACCGAGUAUCCCAUGUAAAAAAACUAAUAUUUCUUUACAAAUAAUACAGUUUUGCUGCAUUAGAUGGCAUGUCCUGGUCAAGCAACUCGGAAUAGAUACAGGAUAUUAGAUAAAACAAAUGGUUCACACCCAUGGUAAAAAUCUUUCUUCAUCUUUAAUUGAUUACACUUUACAUUUCCAAGGUAUCAAAAUGUAAGGCCAAUGUCACAGCAUUACUGCAUCAUUUUGAAUCAAGUUGAAUUUUUUAAUUUAUUUUUAAAGAUGUCAUCUAAUGGCCUAAUAAAUAUAAUUGAUUUGAAUCACAA